CAACACAAGCCACCAUUUGUUCACUUCCAUCAUAUCCCUUCUGACAUAAACUCAUGGCAACAGCCACUGCUCACAAGUGGCUCACAAACUUCACCAACAACACAAAAUGCAGCAAUAUCCUUGCACCUCCUAUUUCAAAGAGACAACAGCAGCAUCCCAUGUUUUUCACCUACAACUAUAGAUUCAUGUGUCAGGGAUGCUACCUUUCAAUGAACGGUUGCAGAGAAGGAGAAAACCAUGCAAGGAACCCAGUUGGGACCAUAGAAACUCGAACCUUGGCACCAGUUGCAUCACCUGCAAUGGCUAUGUAUAGUCUCAACAUGGCUAUUUCACAGUUGAAAUCAGAUUCUCCAUUUUGUACCUCGUCUGGUGUAGUAAGGGUGGAGGUUCCCAUUCAAGAGCAUGUUGAAGCCAUUGAUUGGCUUCAUUCUCAGAGUCACCUUCUCCUUCCUCGUUGCUUUUUCUCUGGUAGGGAACACAAUCCAUGCCAUGGAAACUUGGUCAGCGUUGCUGGUGUGGGUUCAGCUGUUUUCUUUUGCCAGUCUCAUCAAUUUUCCUAUUGGGAUUGGAUAUCUGUAAGGAGGUUUCUUUCUGAGAGAUGCCCAUUAAUUCGUGCAUAUGGAGCUAUCCGUUUCAAUGCAAAAUCUAAGGUGUCAUCAGAGUGGCGGGCUUUUGGUUCUUUCUACUUCAUGAUUCCUCAGGUUGAGUUUAAUGAGCUUGAAGGAGGAUCAAUGCUUACCACAACUAUUGCCUGGGAUAAUGCUCUUUCUUGGUCGUGGGAAAAUGCAAUCAAUGCACUCCAAGCAACACUUUGCAAGGUUUCUUCUUCCAUUGUGAAGUUUCCAAAACAAGCUCCUCCAACAUUAAUUUUAAGCAGCCAUAACAUUCCCAGUAAAGUAGAUUGGGAUCUAGCAGUUAAUAGAGCUUUGCAGAUGAUAGAGCAAAAUGACUCCUUACUGGCGAAGGUUGUGCUAGCUCGUAGCACUAGAGUAAUGCCUACUGCUGAUAUUGAUCCUCUUAGGUGGUUAGCUUGCUUGAAGGUUGAAGGUGGAAAUGCUUACCAGUUUUUCCUUCAGCCGCCUAAUGCACCGGCAUUUAUUGGAAACACACCAGAGCAACUAUUUCACAGAAAACGGCUCCACAUUAACAGUGAGGCCUUGGCUGGAACCCGCGCUAGAGGAGUGUCAGUAGCACUUGACCAUCAAAUUGAACUUGACUUACUUACCAGUCCAAAGGAUGACAUUGAGUUUACUAUAGUGAGAGAGACAAUAAGAAGAAAAUUAGAGCAGGCUGUAUGUGAAAAUGUUGUAAUCAAGCCAAAGAAAAUAAUCAGAAAACUUCCCAGGAUCCAGCAUUUAUUUGCUCAAUUAGUUGGAAGGUUAAGAAGUGAAGAAGAUGAGUUUGAAAUUUUGUCGUCACUUCACCCAAGUCCAGCAGUUUGUGGGUUCCCAACAAAAGAGGCACAACUUUUAAUUGCAGAGACAGGAGCAUCCAUGGGUCUUCUCAUCACGUGCCCAAACCACCUCAAUCUAUGUUCUCUCAUCUUCUCGGCUACCGAAGUAUUUGAUCGCGGGAUGUAUGCUGGACCUGUUGGCUGGUUUGGAGGAGGAGAGAGUGAGUUUGCCGUUGGCAUCAGGUCAGCAUUGGUGGAAAAGGAUCUAGGUGCAUUAAUAUAUGCUGGAACAGGGAUAGUGGAAGGAAGCUGUCCUUACUUGGAAUGGGAUGAGCUAGAACUCAAGAUAUCUCAGUUCACCAAGUUGCUCAAACUUGACUUGCCUCUGAGACAAGAAAGUAGACUGUAAAUGAGUUCCAUCAAUUGAUACGGUUAGCACCUUUAAUGACCACCAUCGAUGCAGAUAAACUUCUUUGAUGACCAUUCUUUUCAUUUAUAUGUUUCUAUGUAACAAAGGCAGAGCUUAAAAUUUUAGCUCAGGAAAGCAAGGAGUAAUUUUACAUUUUUUUAUGUAGUCAAAUACAAAAAGGUUUAUCUUAUAAAAGUAGCUCUUUUUUACAACAGGUUCACCGCGCCUGGUGUAACUCUUCUCCUUUAUCUUGACUUGGGACA